UAAUUGAAACACGCGUGUCAUCAUACUAGCCUAAUAGAUGAGCGCAGCUUUGAAAGCAUGCCUGGAGAGUUGACUGUUCCCGACUGCGACUGCCCACGCCUUCCAUCCUCUUCCGCUAUGACCGUCGUUACUCAACAGCAUGAGCUCCCCAUAUUUGCACGGCCUCCAAGGACGUGGAAGCAGACACUGAAUGGGUUCUUCUUCUUCAUGCUGUUUAUCCCAGGAUGUCUCAUGGUCCACGCCUUUCAACUUUUGUUUCUACUGCCCUUGAAGCUUUUCUCUUCAAGUCCAUGGGCCUGGAAGCUAUAUGACGAGGGGAUACGAUAUACGAAAGGCGCAUUUGCGACACUCAUGAAUUUGAUGAACCAAUGGUUCGCCCCCACACGGCUUUCUAUCACAUUCGAGCGGGAAGGACAAGGGAAAUUCACAGAGGAGGAGAUUAGACAUAUCGUCGAACGCGAUGCGUCUGGCAGGAUAGUAGCGUUACGUCUACCGUCUAAGACUGUUGUUAUCGCGAACCAUCAGGUCUACUCUGACUGGUGGUAUGUCUGGUGCCUCACCUACUUUAUGGGAACACACAGGGAUGUCUUCAUUGUACUGAAGAACAGCUUGAAAUGGGUUCCUCUCAUUGGACCAGCAAUGCAAAUAUAUAGAUUCAUCUUUCUUGCGCGUUCAUGGGCCUCUGAUAGAAUACAGUUAUCAUCGAAACUCGCAAAGCUUGGCCGACAAGCAGAACAAGAAGACAAGCCAUUCACCUUUAUCCUCUUUCCAGAGGGUACUCUUGUGAGUAAAGGUACACGCCCUGUCAGCAGGAAAUACGCAGACAAGCUAGGUGUUCCUGAUCCAUUAAAUAUCCUGCUGCCUCGGUCGACGGGGCUUCAUUAUAGUCUUCGCUCACUUGCGCCGCGCAUGCCAUCUUUGAAAUUGAUUGACAUUACCAUGAUAUAUCCAGGUAUACCGCCAAAGGGAUAUGGACAAUCUUUCUACACGCUCCGCUCAAUAUUCUGCGACCGCGUACCUCCACCUAUGGUGCACAUGCAUCUAAGAAUAUUUGACGUCGCAAAGGAUGUUCCCAUAGGAGACAUCUCUGGGACGAAUCCCGCAGUGACUCCCAACGGAUCUAAUCACGAGCCUCUUGAAGUAGACUUCCCAGAUCAGGAGAAAGCUAUCUUUGAUGGAUGGCUUAGGAAGUUGUGGAUGGACAAGGAUGAAUUUAUCACGAAGUUCCACCAAGCAGAUCGCUUCCCCUCUCAUCACGGCGCUAUCGAGAUCCCAUUGGAACUCAGGAGCAAGCGGGAGAUAGCAGAUGCUUUCUGUUUUCUUGCUCCUGCGGUAGCAGGUGUAUUGUGGUCGAGGUUAGCGCAGGCUCUUUUAUGACGGGUUGUUGUAAU